CUCUACAGAUUACAGACAUGAAUUUAGAAAAAGAUCUCAACUUUCAGAAGAAAAUCUUAAAUAAAUCGAACUUUACCAUUUGGCCAACCUCUCCUCUUUCAAAUUUAGGCGUUUGCGUAUCGUUGAACCCUGCGCUGACCGUAUUCGCCCAAUUUCUACUCGCAAAGACCACGUCUCUGUUGUUUCUUCUCUGUAAAAGGGUUUGCCACUUGAACCUUUGUCGGCCCUUGUUCGUCUUUCUUCUUCAGGGCCCUGAAAUCUGCAAAUUACCCUACUGAUUAUGAAUCCCAAUUCGACCCUUUUCUGAUUUCUGAUCUUUCUCGCGGCUUUUAUCGGCUAAGAAUCUCGAAUUCGUUUGGUGGGUAAGCUUUUUCUUUCUGUAUUUGAGUUGGGAAGUUGAUGAAUUGAGUGGAGUUGAUGAUUUUCUGGCUGAUCUUUGAAGUUUCAUUUGCUUCUGUUUGUUACUGAGUAAGAUUAAUGGGUGCAUCAUCUGGUUCCAAUAUGCAUCACCAGCCUGCAUCAAAGAUGAUUCCCAUACGUCAACAGCCACGGCCCGAGGAACUCCAAACCUCCCUUUCAUUAGUUUCAUCAGACCCCCGACUUUCACCUGAGGUACCCAGAUCUAAUUCUGACCAAGUUCAAGAGUCUCCUGCUGAGAGUGCCAGUUCUCAGGAAACUUGGCCUAUUGGUGAUGGAGUGAUGGGAAAGAAGAUGGAAAAUGGAAAGGCAGAUAAUGACUUUGUGGAGCAGUCAGUUGUUCAUCGUCUUUCUAGUGCUGACAAAAUCUCCCUUCGUGACAUAGCAAGAGACAGGAUUGAGGUAAUAGCAGAAAAGAUGCAUCACUUACCGGAGGAUUUUCUAGAAAAUUUGAAGAAUGGCCUUCGAGUUAUUCUUGAUGGAAAUGGCGGUGCACAACAGAGAGACGAGAUUUUUAUUCUGCAAAAGCUUGUUCAGCGUAGAACUGAUUUAACUGCAAAAACGUUGAUUAGAGCUCAUAGGGUACAGCUUGAAAUUCUAGUUGCUAUCAAUACAGGAAUUCAGGCCUUCUUGCAUCCAAAUAUUAGCCUCUCUCAGACUACGCUUAUUGAGGUUUUUGUGUAUAAGAGAUGUAGAAAUAUUGCUUGCCAAAACCAGCUUCCGGCUGAUGAUUGCACUUGUGAGAUAUGUACCAGCAGAAAUGGUUUCUGCAAUCUCUGCAUGUGUGUAAUAUGCAACAAGUUUGAUUUUGAAGUUAACACCUGUCGUUGGAUUGGUUGUGACUUGUGUUCUCAUUGGUCUCACACUGAUUGUGCAAUUCGUGAUGGAAAGAUCUGCAUGGGAUCCUCGGUAAGAAUCGGGACAGCGCGAUCUGAAAUGCAUUUCAAGUGCCCAGCUUGCCAUCGAACAUCUGAGCUACUUGGUUGGGUUAGAGAUGUUUUUCAACAUUGUGCACCUUCCUGGGAUCAAGAAUCUCUCAUGAAGGAGCUUGAUUUCGUCAGCAGAAUUUUUCGUGGAAGUGAGGACCACGGAGGGAGGAAACUUUUUUGGAAAUGUGAAGAACUCAAAGAGAAAAUGAAGAGUGGAGCUCUGGAGUCUGCAGCAGCAUGCAGAGCAAUAUUGAUAUUUUUUCAAGAGAACGAGACAGACUCUAUGAGUAGUCUUGAAAAUGGGGAAGGAGCAACAUUAGCGGCCCCACAGGAAGCAUGCAAUCGAAUAGCUGAAGUGGUGCAGGAGGUUAUAAGAAAAAUGGAAAUUGUUGCUAAUGAGAAGAUGAGAAGCUGGAAAAAGGCUCGCAUGGAUGUUGAAGCCUUCAACCGUGAGGUUGAAGAUAAGGCCAAGGAAGCAGCUGAGAUAAAGCUCGACAGACAGAGAAAGAAGCUACAAAUCGAAGAACUGGAAAAAAUCGUUAGACUUAAAUGUGCAGAAGCUGAUAUGUUCCAACUUAAGGCCAACGAGGCAAAACGAGAGGCCGAGAGGCUACAGAGGAUUGCUCUUGCGAAAACAGACAAAUCUGAGGAAGAAUAUGCUAGCAAUUACCUGAAACAACGUCUGAAUGAGGCUGAGGCUGAAAAGCAGUAUUUGCUUGAAAAGAUUAAGCUACAAGAAAGUUCCAGAGCUUCACAGAGUAGUGGUGGGGCUGAUCCAUCUCAGAUGCUUAUGUAUUCAAAAAUUCAAGAUCUACUCUAUAAUGCCUCUAAGCCUGACUCAGCUAAAUGAAUGAGAAUUCUUUGGGAUUCAUCCCUUAUGAAUUCUAAGGUCUUGGGAGCACAAUGACAUGUAAAUUAAAAUGUUGCAAAUUAUGUUGCUUUGUUGUCUGAUAAUGUAUGGAGCUGUUUCUCACUGGAUCUUCAGGUACUUGUAUCGUAAACGUAAUUGAGUGACUUGUUGCUUC